AUGUCGGCUUAUCCCAUCAACCUCGCUCUAUCAGUUAUAAUAGACCCUAAGAAACCUCUCGGUUCCCCGGAUGCACAUAUUGAUGAGGAUCCCGGGACGCUCGUCACGGUAGGCGUCUGUCAGCACGGCAGAGAACAUGAGACUGAAAAGGGUAGGUACGAGGACAUAGCCCUGCUUCACUCCAUUGGUCACUGCAAAGGCUUCGGAGACCAUUCCGUCGCCCGUGACGCGCGCCAUCAUCCUGUCGUGGAGCUGGCAUACCCUAUGAGCGAAAUGGUCCAGGCAACCGAACUUUUGCAUGACUUUCCAGAGUCCAGCGCGAUUCACCGUGUCAAACGCUUUCGUUAG